CUUCCGAAGUCACAUGACUGGCUAAAAGUUAGUAUUGCUCACCGAAACCAAGUGGCGUGUAUGGCAGAUUGGACAAAAAAGUGAAGUUGUUGGUCGAGUGUGAAUACUUGCAUUAACCCGUGGGACAUGCCAGAUUUUGUAUUCUCCUCAAAGAUAACAUGGCGUCGUCGUUGCCGUCGUCUGUGCUUCUGGCUCUCGUUUUCCUCACAACAGAAGUGACCGUCUUUACAGGUAACACCGAGAGGCAGGUAAAACACGAAAGCACUGCAUGUCUUCCCAGAAACUUUGGUCAUGACUCUGUGGUAUGUGAGUGUAAUUCAACCUACUGUGAUAGUGUUGGCUCCAUCACCUUGCCUCCUGUGGGUCAGUACUCCUCCUACAUGACCAGCAUGGCCGGCAGCAGGCUGGAGGCAGGCCAGGGCCAGAUCCAGGUGAACGGGACUUCGACAGGCCUCAGGUUGACUAUUGUUGCCUACCAGAAGUACCAGAAGAUCAGGGGAUUCGGUGGAGCUAUGACAGACGCGGCAGCCAUCAACAUCCUGUCUCUCUCUUCUGAGGCACAGGACCAGCUGCUACGACAGUACUUCUCUCCUGAUGGUAUCGGCUACACGGUGGUGCGUGUGCCCAUGGCCAGCUGUGACUUCUCCACCCGUCUGUACACAUACGACGACACGCCUGGAGACUACAACCUGGACAAUUUCACUCUGGCCCCUGAGGACAUCAACAUGAAGAUCCCUCUCCUGCAGCGUGCUCAGGCCUUGUCUCUUCGCCCCCUGUCUCUGCUGGCCAGUGCCUGGAGCGCCCCUGCCUGGAUGAAAACUAAUGGUGCACUCAUAGGAAAAGGCUCUUUGAAGGGCCAGCCUGGGGGCAAAGAGCAUAAAACCUGGGCUCGGUAUUAUAUCAGGUUCCUUGAGGAAUAUGCUAAAUAUAACUUGACCUUCUGGGGACUGACCACAGGGAAUGAGCCCUCUGCAGGACAGAUGACGAACUACAGUUUCCAGGCUCUGGGCUUCACGCCUGAGGAGCAGAGGGACUGGGUGGCUCUGGACCUGGGCCCUGCCCUGCACGCUUCAGCACACCCACACACACACGUACUCAUACUGGAUGACAACCGCCUGCUGCUGCCUCACUGGGCUAAAGUGGUCUUAAAUGAUAUUCAAGCUGGACGGUACAUCCACGGUGUGGCAGUUCACUGGUACAUGGACAGUUUUGUUCCAGCUGAGAUCAGCCUGGGUGUCACCCAUCAUCUCUACCCAGAGUAUUACCUGUUCGGCACAGAGGCCUGUUCUGGCUGGCACCCACUGGACAGAGGGGUGAAGCUGGGCAGCUGGCUCAGGGCUGAAAAUUAUGCGCAUGACAUCAUAGAGGACUUAAAUCAUUAUGUCGUGGGUUGGACUGACUGGAACCUGGCGUUAGACCAGACUGGAGGACCAAACUGGGUUAAAAACUUUGUAGACAGCCCUGUUAUAGUGGAUGCACAGCGUGAUGUCUUCUACAAGCAGCCAACUUUCUAUAGCAUGGCUCAUUUCAGUAAGUUCCUGUGGGAGGGUUCUCAGAGAGUGGGCGUGUCCUCCAAUCAGAAAACAAAGUUGGAAUACUCUGCCUUCAUCAGACCAGAUGGCUCAAAAGUCCUCAUCAUACUCAACAGGUCACAGUCAGUGAUCCAAUUUGAAGUGUGGGAUCCUGCUGUGGGCUACAUCCCCUCCACUGCUCCGGCUCGUUCACUGCUCACACUCGCUUGGAACACGCAGUGAUCUUUAAUUAAAACCUGUCACCCGUUUGUUUCACCUGAAUCACAUAAGUAUUUUAAUUUCAACAUGCCACAAAAACUAAGUGAUUUAUGUUGGCAGCGUCUCAUUACCAAAGCAGUUGUUACUUUAAUGAACGAGAGCAAGAUUAUUUUUAUCUGUCGUGUUUAUCUGCACAGCUUUGGUAAUUUCAGUGGUCACUUACAUUAACCCUAGAACACUAACGUUAAAAUUAGUAACACCAUCACUAACGUUGGGUAUAUUUUACCCGAUAUAAUAUCUCGGAUAAAAUACAGUUUAUCACACCAGCGUUCAUCAUGCCAUAUAGGACACACAG